CAGGAUGGUUGAGCAGUCAAAAUAUUAUUUUAUUUUUUUUUUUUUUUUUGCUUUAGCUGCUGAACUCUUUAUGCAGCAGCCAACUGUGCGGUCAAUUGUGAGAUGCUGACUUUUGCUGCUGUUUUGUUUAUUGUGUGAAGCACAGGUAUGAAGUCAGGAGGUGGAAGUUUCCCAAAUAGCAUAUUGCACAGUAGCUACCCACUGGCAGGUUUCAGGUAUCCGGUCUGUAAAUAGGAGACUCUGAUAGCAGUCAUUACAUCAUCAUUCUGGGAAUAGCAGGGAGUCUGGGGUCUAGAGGUGCUUCUGGGUGACCUCUCCCCUGUGUAUAUUCAGCUCCAUGUGUGUCUGUGUGUGGUCAUCUCCAAAUAUACAUUCGAAUGGAUUACACAGCGGUAAGAUUAAAAUAAAAUCAAAAAUGACGUGGGCGAGCUGAAAUACAAUUUGUUUAUAUGUUCGGAGGCUCGCUCCGUAAAUACGGUUUGUGUUUACACAUGCUCGGGACUUUUAUUCAUCGAGGCUGCGCUUCGUUUAUUCGGCCACUCGUCGACACUUCUUGACAGGUGAACAAAGGCCCCCGGGGGCGAUAGAAAGUGAAAGAAAAUCUCGUGUGAGAGGAAUCUGACACUGGCUCCGUUUCCGUGUAGAGUUGUCUACUUUACAUAGCAACACGCUGACGACAUGGACUACUGUUUGACAUUAAGGCCCGCGAGGAGAGAUGAGAGAAGUACAGAGGAGAGCGGCGUCUCCGUGUCCAUUAUUUUCUCUUUCACCUGCUGGGCUACAACACGUACGCGACUGUUGUUGUUAGCACAGUGAGACGUUCUCGUAUAGAAAUAGCCUGACUUUUGCGUGCAUGGGUGUGCAUACCAUGUGGUUACGCAUGCAAAUGUGUAUGUGUGUGUGUGUGUGGUAAAACAGAGAUAGUCAGCCCUGUCACUUUAGCCCCCACCCACUUACACUGGGGCGGGGGGGUUAACUUUCCAGUCUCAUAGACGAGCAUGCCUGUGUCUGAAAAUAGCUGUAUCUGAUCACAGCUUCACCCAAACAGGGAACUCUCGUUCCCUGUCACUCCCUCCCUUCCUCCCGCUCUCAUUCCCCGACUCUCCGACUUUCUCCUCAUUCUGUUGUCUCUGUGCUUCCCAGGCAUCACACGGGAUACGGCCUGAGCGGGAGGAGAGAAAUACCCCCGAGCAGAGAGAGAGAGAGGGAGGGAGGGUGCAGACACGCUGACACGGCACUCACCUGUUCACCUGCCUCCACGGUGUUGUAACGGAGUGUUACAUUUUUAUGACGGAAAGCGUGUCCUCCUACAGCACAUCGAUAAGAAGCGCUCUUCAAUAUGAAUGCAGAUAGUGGAGGAUGUACCACCAAAAGUGUGGCCCUGUCAAUCACACUGUGUCCUAUGAAGAGAGUCCAGAGCUCACCCAAUCUGGCCACAGGGAGUGACUCUCAUUCGUCAGACCUGGAUUCUUGGCGCUCACGUAGCGUAACCGACGGUCUGAAGAACGGAGAUGCCAGCAGCUCUUCUCUCGCUGCCAAGGGCUUCAGAAGCGUCAGACCCAACUUACAGGACAAGAAGUCACCCACACAGGGGCCUGCGUCGCCCAACCUCACAGCUCAGCACUUCCCCUACCACAGCCACAGCUCAGAGUCACUCGACUACCUGUCGGGCCUAAUGCCCAAGGCCCUGUCGCCCACUCCUUACGUUCCUAGCGGAGGUCAUAACACAGCCGGCACGGCCUCUGCAAGCAUGAGCGGCCGCGUCUCUCCCUCAGUGUCACCCGUGACGGUGUCAGCUCUAAGCCACUACUCCUCCUCCUCCACGACGGGGCUGAUGGACGAGCUGCAGAUCUGUAGUCUGGACUCACCCGGCUGCUCACCCACGCCGUCGCCCACCCUCAGCUAUGCGUCUGUGUACACAUCCAACGCUGGCCCCGAUGAGGCGCUAACACCCUUUGUGGGCUCCACUGCCUCAGCUGCCACUUUGACUAACGGGCAGGUCCUCUCCCACGCCAUGAAUGGAAAUGCCAGCCAUCAGCAGAGACCCCUCUCUCCCCCGUCCUAUCCUCCUCCCCCUGUGUCCCUCCACACUGGCCUGCAGAGACAGAGCAGAAGUUCGGAGGGCAGUGAAUCCAUCACCAGGGAGUCUACGGUGACGGGUCACACCAGCUACUUCAGCACGGUGCCCAUCGCCAGUUUUUCAGAAGAAGAGAAAAAAGUUUCAGUCAUCAAAGCCCCCCACUAUGAAGGCAUUGGCCCAGUGGACGAGUCUGGAAUCCCUAUUGCCAUUCGCACGACAGUAGAUCGGCCCAAGGACUGGUAUAAAACGAUGUUUAAGCAGAUCCACAUGGUUCACAAAGCAGAUGAUGACUAUUCUGACACCUACAACGCAACAUACGCUGUCAUCAACAACGACGACCACAGCCUGUCAUCCAACACCACUAUGGCCCACCCAGCGCCCCGCACACAUACAUACAGACCGCUGGUCAAGAGCCCGUCAGACAACGGAGCCCGCCAGGGGCCUCGGGAGCCUUCCCCGACCCCUGUGCCCCCACCGCCCGUGCCCAUGCCGUCCCUGCUGCAGCUUAGAGCCAGGGAUAGUGAACGUGUCAAAGACACAGGCGACAUGAAUAAAUGGGGUCCCCCCGACAGGAAAGUGGACACACGGAGGUAUCGGGCCGAGCCCAAGAGCAUUUUUGAGUAUGAGCCUGGAAAGUCGUCUAUUUUGGAGCAUGAAAGACCUACGUAUGAUGACUUAGAUUUAGAGAACGAGCCUUGGUAUAAGUUCUUUUCCGAGCUGGAGUUUGGGCGGCCGCCUCCUAAAAAACGGCUGGAUUAUAAUCCAGACAUCUCAGCCCGCCGGCACAUCGAGACCACCCUGCACUUGGCUCCCGCUGACAAGGCUCUGGAGAGACCGGCGAGUGCUGCCAGUGACUACAGGAAGCGAAGGAAGUCAGAGCCGUCCAAUUCCCCAGCCAACGCUCAGACGUCUCAAAGCCCAAACGUCACCUCCCCGAAACCGGUGGAUGCCUACAGCAGACCCAGCAGCAGUUUAAAGAAGCCAGUCAUUCGUUCCUCGCCUUCAUCCCCCUCCAAAGCCAAAGGUGGGGACGCAUGCGGCAUGUAUUCAAAUAGUUUAACACCCCCAGGUCUUCGCCAGGUGCCCCCUCCGCCCCCUCUUCUCUCUGACCCGGUCUUUUCCAUCGAGGAUGCCAGCCUGGACGGCAGCUCUGCUUCUCAGCAGUCUGCUGCCCCUUGCGAAAACCGUUGGCAGACAAAGCGCCAGGAUUCGGAGACGUGGGUCAGCGCGGAGGAGACGCCAACGUCUCCGUCACCUGCUAAACUUCGGUCGCGUAGCUGUGACGAUCUGCUCAAUGAUGGGCUCUCUGGUCCAGGUGGACGCAAUGCCACCCGCUCUGAAAGUGCUGGCUCUCUGUCGCUGAUGUGUGACGGGAAUCCUUCAGCUUCAACUGCUCCCAGUUCCACCUGCUCGCUGCCCAGACUCAAAAGGCAACGGGCGCAUGACUCACCUGGAUUUCUGCAGCUCUACCGUAAAAUGCAUCAAAUCGACCGAGCUCACCUUAUUCCGUCGGACAUCAUCCGCUCGGUCCGGGCCCGUAUCCUAGAAUUAGAGCGUCAACCGCACCUGUAUCGCCAUCGCCUCUCGCCAUGGACACCCUCCUGGGGUGUGGACGUUCCUCGCGACAUGGUGCCCAACCGCAUUUCCGAAUAUGAACGCCUUAUCCAAAAGUCCAAGUCCAUGCCCAACUUGGGUGACGGAGAGAUGCCGUCAGGAACUACAACACCCGGCUCUUCUUCUCGAGCCAGUAGCGGUGGCGGUGGCACGCCCAGUUUACCGAAACGCCGCUUUUCCAUCGAGUCAUUACUAGAGGACGAUAACAACGGGACGGUAGCGCACAAAAUGGACCACCUACAUCGACCACGUAGCCCACCUGAGGGACAGCCUCGCGGACCAGAGCGCAGCCAAGCUCGAGCCUUUCCUUUCGUUCCCCCCGUCCCUCAAAGCCUUCGGGCCAAUGCUGACUUUUCCGACAGCGAACAGGACGCUGUCGUGUCGGACCUCAGCGACUUCAUUCAGGUGGAGGGUUCCUCGUUCUGCAGUGAGAGUGACUUCGACCAUUGCUCUCUCACGUCCACCGAGAGUCUAUAUGGUGGCUCCUCCACCCUUCAUCACCACCCUGUUCUUCGUCAUCACCACCACCACCAUCACCACCACCACCACUCUGGACACCAGAACCUGGGCCAGAGCCAGGGCUACCAGCACCGUCACCUCAUCAGCACCUGCAAAGGUCGCUGCCCGGCUUCUUACACCCGUUUCACGACCAUGCUUCGGCACGAGCGAGAGCGAGCUCGCCAGGAGCAAAAGCCCCCGCAGCCGAGUCUCAACAGACAGUCCCAGGAAGCAAUGUCCAAGCUGGCCUUCCUGGUCAGCCCAGUGCCUUUCCGUAGGAAAAAGGGCUCACCAACUACCUCUAGAAGAACCGGUAGCAGUGGCAGUCGAGGCAGCAGGCCCAAGUCCAAACAGGCCAUCUACGAAGCCCUGGACCAAGCCUUGAGAGACAUUUAUGAGCACAUCCAAGCAGAACGAGGCCAGAGAGGUGCCCGGGCGCCGGAUGAUAGCAUCCUUAGGCGAAUCCUCGCUGAGCUGCUGCCAACUGUGCCUGAGCGAAGCUCUUCGCUGCGCGGGAGAAGAGGAUGCUGGCAAGGGGGUCACUCGUCUACGUCCUUGUGCCCAGACGGUAGCCCCACUUGGUACGCCAACUACGGGGAGGACCCGUCCUCACCUUUGUUACAAUCCCCGCGGUUGCAGUCACCGGUCAGUGCCUGUUACGGACAACAUUCGGAAGCCUCAAACAAUAAUGAAUACGGAGAGGAGCAGGGAAAUGGAAAUGAGCCCUGUUCAUCAGACCAGGAUGUGUCUAGGGGAUAUUCUUCCGUGGAUGGACGUCAUACACCUCAGAACAGAAAACCAGUUGACAGAGAGAAACAGCCGGCGAGAGCCAUUUAUGAUUUUAAGGCCCAAACCGCCAAAGAGCUGACGUUUAAAAAGGGCGAAGCAGUGAAUAUCAUCAGGCAGAUAGACAACAACUGGUAUGAAGGAGAGCACCGUGGAUGCGUGGGAAUUUUCCCCAUAUCGUAUGUGGAGAAGGUGCCGUACGUGGAGAGGCAGCAGCCGAUCCGUCCUCCUCCGCCAGCGCACGUCAGAGAGAUCGGCGAGGCGGUGGCUCGCUACAACUUCAACGCCGACACCAACGUGGAAUUGUCACUCAGAAAGGGGGAGAGAGUGAUGCUGUUAAGGCAGGUGGAUCAGAACUGGUACGAGGGCAAGAUCCCGGACUCGGCAAAACAGGGGAUCUUUCCAGUGUCCUACGUGGACAUCAUCAAGCGCUCACCGUCUAAAGGCUCCGCCCAUCACAUAGAUCCACGCGGACACUCCGGCAGCAGCAGGACACCGAGCAGCACAUCCGUCAAGCCCUUCCACCAUCAACCUCCACUCUCCACCACCCAUGACCUCAUCUCCCUCCAGCCCCCGUUGAGAAGGCCCGACCUUCGAGCUGUCACCAACGAGUGGUUGUCCCUCACAAUGGACACCGCCCCCUCCACUCCCUCACACUCCCGCACCACCACUCCGGCACCGCCCACACCUCCUCCUCUCCCUGCUGAUCUCUCAGCCUUGCAGUUUCCUCCGGAGCCUAAGUCGUUCUCCCCCACUCCGACACAGCGAGGCUCCUUCGCCCUCCCACCCCACCCAUCCUCCAGGCCUUCGCCGUUUAGAGAAGGGAAAUCUAGUUUAGGUCGCCCUCCGGCUCUUCCGCCUUUCUCCCCACCGCCGCCACCCUCUCCUCGUUCCUCACUCACCUCCCCACCGCCUGCGCCCGCAGCAGCGGACUCGGACCGCAGCAGCAGAGGCUUCACUGAAACAGCACACAUUUCGCAUGUUCCUAAGCCGGAGGUUUUGUUCUGUACGUCGCCCGAACCGAUAAAGUCACCGACACUAAUUCCACAGUUGUACCAGUCGAACGAACCGAAUAACAAACGAACCAGAGCUGCUGAUAUUGAGCUGCAGGUUCAAGACCCUUACGAUGAACUAUUAUCUCUGGUCCUGGAAGAAACUAUCGGAACAGGCGCUGCUGACUCACUAAGAUUUUCACCUUUUGAGUCCCAGAGGGUUCAGUCGAAAGCAGAAUCUGGGCAGGUGACGGGAAAACCUCCUCCUGUAGCUCCAGCAGUUAGUAAAGCCACAGGAGGAGCAGGCAGUGUUCAGUUAGAGGUGCAGUUUCACAAGCCGGUGAUGAUGGAGCCGCUGGCUCCCACCUGGGGGGCUCAGGCGAAAAGUGACGCACCGGUCAAGUCUCAGGAACCGCCAUCGGUUAAGGGGACGGUGUUUACAGAGCUGUUCAUUGAGGAAGAGGAUGAAGCUUUAGACGAAGAGGAGGAGGAAGAGAAGAUUAGAUCUUUAAGUGAAAGACUCGGUGUACAGGUAGAGCAUGGUGUGAGCCUCAGUCGGGGCAUGGAAGAAAAUACGUUUGACCCUAAUACGUUAUUUAACGUCGAUUUCUGAAAGUAAAUGAGUAAAAGUCAAAUAAAUACGUUCCCUUUUUGUUUUAAAGUAACUAAUGUAAUGUAGCGUCAUUUUAAUUUAAUUUUUGUGCCUAAAAAUACAGAUUAUUGACAGAAACAAACUUGUACUAAACUUGUCACAAAUAAUGAAAUUUAAUUAAUUUUUUUUUUUUAUUUUCCUCCAUGUCCCUCUUGAGUUUUAGCAAAAUUCAGCCAUAACCACAAUCAGGCUGUUUUUACAAAUAAAAACAAAGAUUGUGUUAUCCUACUGUUUGUGAACCAGCGCCCGACUUUCGAGGUCAUUAUUUUAUACUGUUAAACAACAAGUUAACAUGCUCAAAAUACUAUUACAAAUGCAGUUCAACAUGAGCCGAGAUCCUAACCACUACGUUACGGUGGAUGCUUUAUAAUUUAUUCGUUAAACAGUAGUUUGAACCUAGUGUUUAGGGUACUGGUAUGUAAUAUCUGUAUGUACAAACAUUUCUGGAAGUUAGCCAAGGUUAGCGAUAUCAGCUAAUUGGGCGGCAAGAUAAGUAAAAGUCAAAAUGUUAAAUGUUAAAAUGUAUUCAAAACAAAAGCAAAAAAAGUUAGUAACAAUCUUAUCUGUGACCCACAUCCAGCCCACCUAGACCUAGGUCUGGUCUGGAUCCCUAUUUGUGAAGCAUACAUUUCAACAGAUUGAACCAUGUUUAAUGGCAUAUGUAAUGAUAUUUGAAGUAUGUAAGAGCCUUGUACUGUUCCUGGUUUACCAGCAUUCACAAACAGUAGACUAACUCACUCGAAGUUUGGAGAAAUUGUCUUAGGAACUUUCAGUUUUGUUUUUUUUUCUUUCUCAAGUUAGCAUCAAGUGUUAGCCUCGGGACUGAUGUGUGUGUUGUUACCUCUGUAGGCUGACGUCUCUCCUCCCGUCCCGACACGGCUUGCUCACCCUGGCUCCUCCUCCUCACCCUCCGUACCACGACCUCUUACCUCCUUACCUCCCUCCCCUCCUUUUUCCUCUUCUUCUUCCUCCUCUUCAUCUUCCUCUUCUUCUU